AUGGCACCGCGGAAUUUACCUGCACCGCAGCUAGCAACACGCAUGCUCCAUGCGGACCACGCCGAUCACCAAGCAGACUCUACGCAUCCUGUUGCUCCGCCCAUGUCACUGAGCACGACUUUUAGGCAACCGCACCCCGACUCCGCGUUGGCAUCGGGCGUUGAGAAGAUGAUGUCGACGCCAGACAAGGCGCCAUUGCAUGUAUACAGUCGCUACACACAGGACACAAAUUUGCGCACGGAGCGUGUUUUAUCGAGUUUGCUUAGUGGUCACGCUCUUACGUUCAGCUCCGGUCUUGCUGCCGCAUUCGCAGUGCUAAAUUACUUUGCUCCGUCUGUGAUUGCCAUUCGACGAGGCUACUUUGGUGUGCAUGAAGCGGCUGAAAUUUACGGUCGUGGCCGUGAUGUGAAGAUUAUAGAUUUGGACGACGAAUACCCUGCGCCUUGCAGCGCAUCCGCGGACGAGAAAGAUGGCAUUCGCCGUGGAGCGACACUCGUAUGGGUAGAGACGCCACUGAACCCAACUGGCGAGGCGCGCGACUUGGCGCACUAUGUAAAACUUGCACGCAAUGCAAAUGCAUACAUUGCAGUGGACUCGACCUUUGCACCACCGCCCCUGCAGGACCCGUUCCAGUACAACGUAGACGUUGUGAUGCAUUCUGGGACAAAGUACAUGGGUGGGCACUCGGACGUACUUGCGGGUGUGCUUUGCACACAGAACUAUGACCAGUUCCGUGGACUUUGGCACGAUCGUGCAGCGCACGGCGCGGUGCUCGGCAUGCUCGAGUCCUACCUCUUGCUCCGCUCCUUGCGCACGCUGUCGCUCCGAGUGACGCAGCAAUCCAAGACCGCUGCCGAGCUGGUCAAGUGGCUUCACAGUCUGACAGCGGGACAGACGCCUGAUCCAGACACGCCGAAAGAGCUGACGGAUGGCAAGGUGAUUACACAUGUCUGGCAUUCGACCUUGCAGCCACGCAGCGAUUACACGACGGACGCAGAUGGUCAUCCAGAAGGACGAGGGUUUGAUCCUAGCAGCCAGAUGCCAAACGGAGGUUCUCCUACGUUUGGCAUGCUUGUCGCGACGGAAACAAUGGCGGUUUACCUGCCCCACGAAGUAGAAUACUUCACGCCUGCCACGUCGCUGGGGGGUGUCGAGUCGCUCAUGGAACAACGCAAAAUCUCUUCACCACAAGAGGAUUCAAAAUUACUACGCAUCUCUACCGGUAUUGAAGCAUUUGCGGAUCUCAAGGCGGACUUGAUUCGAGGCAUGCUCACGGUACUGGAACAGCGCCGCUGA